GCGUGUUACAAAUAUUGCGCGUGACUCGCCCUAAAAUCCAAGCGUGGCGAUGACUGUAGUGAACGCGCAUCGCGUGUUUGACGUCACUGAAGCGCCUUGGCUCUCCAGAGCCGCUGGUACUGCUGGUAAAAGAUGGAAAAAUAUGAUAGCUAUAUAACGAAUAACUAAGAGAAAAUGACCGUUUGUGUUCCUGAUUUCAAUUUGUCACACCAUUCUAUACAGACGCCGAAUUGACCUCUACAGGACAGACAAUAAGAUUGGUGACAUACGUUUGGAUCACUGGAAGGCAGCUUUAGUUGGAAGACAAAAUAUUACCGGUUGUUUCUUGUUGAAAUCUAAAGUCUACGAUUCAGUUACGAUUUUAACCAAACUAUUUAAGGAAACAUCAGUCAAGCUUUAGAUCUUCCAUUCCAAGAGUUCCAUUCUUCUAUUUAGCAGAAGAUGUAUGGCAGUGCCCGCUCUGUUGGCAGGGGGGAGGCCAACCACAGCGGUGGAAGAGAUGGAGGAAGUAGCACUAACCAGGGAUCUGGCCGUUCACCUCGCCUUCCUCGCUCCCCACGAAUGGGCCACCGUCGCACCAACAGUACAGGUGGUAGUGGAGGGGGCCCUGGAGGUCCUGGAGGAAAGACCCUUUCCAUGGAGAACAUCCAGUCCCUCAAUGCGGCUUAUGCAACUUCAGGACCAAUGUACCUGAGUGACAAUGAGGUUGGCAUGACAGACCACAUCCCAAAGAGUGGUGGGACGAUGACGACUAUGGGGAGACAAAGGGUGACCUACGGCUCAAGGAGCAGCAACAGUGGAGGCGUGGCAGCCAGCACCCCCAACAUUGCCACCUCAGUGCCCACAAAUCCAUUGCUGCCUGGCGGGAUGAUAAGCGGCGAUGCACUUGCUUUUGGGGACCACCAUAUGUCCUCCACUGUGCCCCACUCUCUGAGACAGGCCAGGGAUAACACCAUACUGGACCUACAGGCCCAACUCAAGGAGGUAUUGCGUGAGAACGAACUGCUGCUCAGAGAGGUUGAAAUGAAGGAGAGCAAACUAAGCUCCUCCAUGAAUUCCAUCAAAACCUUCUGGAGCCCCGAGCUGAAGAAGGAACGAGCUCUGCGGAAAGAUGAGGUGUCCAAGAUCUCUGUGUGGAAGGAACAAUACCGCAUCAUUCAGGACGAAACACAGCAUCUCCAGAUGACUGUGCAGGCCCUCCAGGAUGAGCUCCGGGUCCAGAGGGAUCUCAACCAGCUGCUCCAGCAGGACCCAGCCCUCCAUGGCCGGGACCUGGCCCUGGUGGCGGAGCCCACCGAGGAGAACUACCGCCGGCUGCACACGGAGCACGAGCGGCAGGCCAAGGAGCUCUUCCUGCUGAGGAAGACCCUGGAGGAGAUGGAGCUGAGGAUCGACACCCAGAAGCAGACCAUGAGUGCCAGGGACGAGUCCAUCAAGAAGCUCCUUGAGAUGCUGCAGAGCAAAGGUCCAUCCGCCAAAGUCUCCGAGGAGGACCAGGAGCGGACCAGGAGGCUGGCGGAUGCAGAGAUGCACAGACACCACCUAGAGAGUCUGCUGGAGCAGAGAGACCGAGAGGUCUGCGCUCUGAGGGAGGAGUUACACCGGCGCUACGAGGGGACCCCCGAGUCCACCAAGACCAAGGCCCUCCAGACGGUCAUCGACAUGAAGGAUGCUAAGCUGAUCUCCAUGGAGCGCAAUCUGCGGGACAUGGAGGAGGAGAUGCUGAUGCUGAAGUCCAACGGCUUGCUGAGCUGCGAGGAGCGCCAGGAGGAGAUGAAGCAGAUGGAGGUCUACCGCAGCCACACCAAGUUCAUGAAGAAUAAGAUGGAGCAGGUGAAGCAGGACCUGUCCAGGAAGGACACAGAGAUGCUGGGCCUGCAGACCAAGCUGGAGACCCUCACCAAUCAGUUCUCAGACAGCAAGCAGCACAUUGAGGUGCUCAAGGAGUCGCUGACCGCCAAGGAGCAGAGGGCUGCCAUCCUGCAGACAGAGGUGGACGCCCUCCGCCUACGUCUGGAGGAGAAGGAAGCCACGCUCAACAAGAAGACCAAGCAGAUCCAGGAGACGUCCGAGGAGAAGGGCACCCUGAACGGGGAGAUCCACGACCUCAAGGACAUGCUGGAGGUGAAGGAGCGCAAGGUCAAUGUCCUACAGAAGAAGAUUGAGAACCUGCAGGAGCAGCUUCGGGACAAGGAGAAGCAGAUGGGCAGCCUGAAAGAGAGGGUCAAGUCUCUGCAGGCAGAUACCUCCAACACAGACACCGCCCUCACCACGUUGGAGGAAUCCCUUGCUGAGAAGGAGCGUAUCAUCGAGCGGCUGAAGGAGCAGAGAGACCGGGACGACCGGGAGAAAGGUGAAGAGCUUGACUGCAACAAGAAGGAGCUGAAGGAGUUGAAGGAGAGGGUGAGCGUGCUCCAAGGAGACCUGUCAGACAGAGAGACCUCUCUGCUGGACCUGAAGGAACAUGCCUCAUCACUGGCCUCCUCUGGGCUGAAGAAGGAUUCCAAGCUGAAGAGUCUAGAGAUCAAUCUGGAGCAGAAGAAGGAGGAAUGUCACAAACUGGAGAGCCAGUUUAAGAGGGCCAAGAACGCUGCCCUGGAGGCCCUGGCCAACACGGAGCUGGCCGAGCGCAUCAGCUGCCUGGAGGAGGAGGUGGCCCGCCACAAGGAGGACUCAGGGAAGGCGCAGGCCGAGGUGGACCGCCUGCUCGACAUCCUGAGGGAGAUGGAGAACGAGAAGAACGACAAGGACAAGAAGAUCAACGAGCUGGAGAAUCUGGCCUCCAGGCAGAUGAAGGACCAGUCCAAGAAGGUGGCGUCGCUGAAGCACAAGGAGCAGGUGGAGAAGAGCCGCAACGCCCGACUCAUGGAGGAGGCGCGCAAGAGGGAGGACAACAUGUCGGAGAGCUCCCAACAGGUCAAGGACUCCCUGCGGCACAAGGCGGAGCGCAUCGAGGAGCUGGAGGAGGCUCUGAGGGAGAGCGUGCAGAUCACGGCGGAGAGGGAGAUGGUGCUGGCCCAGGAGGAGUCCGCCCGCUCCCUGCAGGAUAAGAGGAUGGAGGAACUCCUGGGGGCCAUGGAUAAGGUGAAGCAUGAGCUGGAUUCCAUGAGGGCCAAGCUGGCCUCCACCCAGCAGUCCCUGUGUGAGAAGGAGACCCACUUGACCACCCUGCGAGCCGAGCGCCGGAAACACCUAGAGGAGGUGCUGGAGAUGAAACAGGAGGCGCUGUUGGCUACCAUUAGCGAGAAGGACGCUCACAUCGCGCUGCUAGAGCUGUCCUCCUCCAAGAAGAAGAAGACUCAGGACGAGGUGGCGCAGAUGAAAAGGGAGAAGGACCGGCUGGUGCAGCAGCUCAAACAGCAGACUCAGAAUCGAAUGAAGCUUAUGGCAGAUAACUAUGACGAUGACCAUUUGAAGACGGCCCCUGAUCAGACCAAUCACAAACCUUCUCCUGAUCAGAUGAUCCCCCCUCUGUUAGCCCUCGCCCAGAACCGCAGUAAACUCAAGCUCUACAUCGCCCACCUGACCGACCUGUGCCACGACCGCGACCCCAGCAUCCUCAGCCAGCUCACCCCGCCCUCCCACUAUCACCAUGCUGACCCCCCAGCAUGGGAGGAGGAGCUGAAGAAGAUGACCCUCGACCAGCUGGAGGGGGAGCUGGAGGUCUGCGAGAGGGAGAGCGGGGAGCUCCAGGAGUACGCCAACGUGGUUCUGCAGCAGAUCGCCGACUACUGUCCUGACAUCCUGGAGCAGGUCGUCAACGCACUCGAAGAGUCGUGCUGACCUCUAGACCCCGAUCCCUGCCCACCUCCUUCAGGCUUCAGAUAAACCCUUGAGCUCAGUCCCUAGCACAGCGGUAGUCGACGGAGCUGUCCCAUGUCAACCGGGGCCCGGUGUGGGGUGGAAAGCGAUGAUCAUCCAAAAGCCUGGACAUGUCUUUCCUCUCCUGGGUCUCCUGAGUGUUUCUGAUUAUUAUCUACAUUUAGAUGAAGAACUUGGAGGCUAAUCUAGGUUCUGGGUUCCCGUCUUCAUACACCUCGCCUCCACUGUUCCUCUCGUUAUGAUGGAUGAUGGCGUUAAUGUUGAGCACAAUUGUUUUGAGGCAUGCGGUGUUGUCCACGGUCAGAGUAGAUAACGGAAACCUUUAGGUCCUAGGGGAGACCUCUAGAUAAGAAGAGGGAAGAUCUGGGCUGAUUCUUGGAGUAUUGAUGCUUGAGGCUUUUGUAUUUAAUCUUUUUUUAAUAGUUAAUUUCAAUUAUUUUCCUGUGUUCCUAAAGUAUUACAUCGGAAGCAGGGGCUGUUCAUCGUAAUUUAUACUAUCUGUCGAGACUAGUCAGGAGUCAAGAUAUUCUUAGAUGAUCAUUUAAACACUGAAACACACAAAUCUAUGCUUUAAACCAAAAACAAGUAUGUUUUCCAAAUGUCCCCUUGUGAUAUUUGGAUCUUUUUCUUGCCAGAAUUAUAUUUAAGUUAACUGGAGUUUUGGGUUUGGGCUCAGUUAAAAGCAACACUACAGACCAGGGGCGUCCAGGGGUGUGUUGGGACAGCAGUCUCGCCACUGUAGCCCCCUCUCUCUCUCUGCACGCCCAUGCUACAGAACACAUGAAGCCCAGACUAGAUUUAAAAGAGGGAAGAAAAUCAGAGCGAGGCUGUAGCUCUGCACUAAAUGUCACUAAAUAAAGAUUUUACUCCAGAAGUUUUUGCACACAAUGUCCAUGUGUUUUAUGAGGUAUGCAACGUUGUUGAGUCCCAGUGGCCUUGGAGCAUGCACAGUGAUCUGUUGUGGACCUUAUGCAGGGAUGUGUAGUCCUCUGUACCAGCGGUGCUAAGGCAUGAUGGAAGAGUAUGUUUUUCCAUCCAACCUAGUAACCGUUUGACCACAAUUCCUAAGUGUUUUUUGUAUGGACCCCACUUAAAAGCCCUAGUUUUUUGUUUUUAUUUGAAUUUGUGAAAAGGCGAGGGAUGUUGUUCCCGUUAUGGUUUUCCUCCCUAAUCAUGUGUAGGUUCCAGUUUGGGGUUCUUUCUUGUAUUUCCAGAAAAAUGGUUGACCUUAUUACCACCAGGGAUUCGUACUGUUUAAUCUUCAGGGCUCAUGUUUUGAUUGUGCUUUGGCAUUUACAGCUCAUGUAAGUCCGUUUUUGGCAGAUUUUGAAUUUUUAGAUCAGUUUGUAAAUAACUUGAUAAUUAACACGUUAAGUGACUGGAUAUAGAUGAUUUAGUGGAAGAUUUGCAUUUAAAAAAACAUAUAUAUGACAAGUUAAAAGCGGUGCAGUUGUCUUUUUUGUUUGUAUAAUUUUGUCUUCAAGACAGAAUGUGUGACAGUACUGCCAUAAAUUGCAGAAGUCAUGAUCUAUAGAUAUACAUAUAUAAAAAUGUUAACCAUAUGAAUAUGCAUUGAAUGUUUGCACAGAAUCCUGAGGAGUGAGUUGCUCUCAAUAAAAUGGCUGUCAAGUGUUGAGAGAAAAUGUGUCAAAAUACAACCUUUUGUGUCAAUACGUGAACUGCAGAUGUUUCGAACCGUGAUUAUGUGAUGGAAAAGUAGUUUUCGUGCAUUAUCCUCUAAGUUAUACAUUACCCCAAAAUAUAUUUUUAGUUUGUUCGUAUUCCAAUCUUUUUCCUGACCCUAGUGUUAUAUUUGAGAAGGCUGUACAAAAAAUAAGUGUCUAGUGUGGCCUGUCUAAGGAAUGGAGGUUGUGUAAGAUGCAUAUUGGUCCAAGUUCUAAAUGUAUUGAAAGAUGUAAGAGUCUAAUGUUUCAUAAUUCAUGAGGACGACAAUAAUUGACCCAACCACAUCACUGGUCUGGCCAAAGUUUGUCAGCCGGGUUAGAUUUAACCUUCAUUACACACCUUCAAAAAUAAUAACGCUUCUUUGUUAGGCCUUCAUUUUCCUGCCCAAGCCUUAACUGUUGCCUCAUUGUCAUGUCGUUUUGUUGAUGUCUACGUUUGUAAGAGAAAUGUACUGCCUUCUGUUUGUGUUAUGAAAUCAAACCAUGUAAAAAGAAAGCUAAAGACAUGUUUGAGUAUUUUCAUUUUGUAUGUAUGUAAAUAAAUAUAUCUUAUCA